UGGGCAGGCUAGUGACUGGCCCUUUUCACCUCUCCGGCCCUAAACAGGAGCUAAUGGAGCUUUCUUACCAGACCCUCAGAUUCACGCACCAGGCACGGGAAGCGUGCGAGAUGAGGACAGAAGCACGACGAAAAAAUCUUCUUAUUUUGAUUUUGCAUUACUUAACACAGGAAGGAUAUAUUGAUGCAGCCAAUGCUUUGGAGCAAGAAACUAAACUGGGGUUACGACGCUUUGAAGUUUGUGACAACAUUGACCUUGAAACUAUUUUGAUGGAAUAUGAGAGCUACUAUUUUGUAAAAUUUCAGAAAUACCCCAAAAUUGUCAAAAAGGCAUCAGACACAGUGGAAAAUAAUUUACCACCAAGAAGUGGAGGGAAGACCAGAAGGGUGAUGAGCGACAGCUGUCAAAAUCUUCCCAAGAUCAGUCAGCAGAGGCCACGGUCCAGAACCACAGUGGGGAAGUCAGGGGAUGUCAAAUCCCUCCAUCAGGAGCAUCCUAAACAGGAGGCUGUCACUAAUUCUCAUGCGGAGAGUGCUGACUUUGGCUUGAGUAUAUCAGGAAUCAACAAAGGCAGUGGAGAAGAAAAUGUCCGCCCACAAAAAGGCCAAAUCAUUGACUUCCGAGGGCUGCUCACAGAUGCCAUCAAAGGAGCAACCAGCGAACUUGGCUUGAACAGCUUUGACUGUAACCCCGACCCCUCAGAACGACUGUUGAAACCUCUGAGUGCAUUUAUUGGCAUGAAUAGUGAGAUGCGAGAAUUGGCAGCCGUGGUGAGCCGGGACAUUUAUCUCCAUAAUCCAAACAUAAAGUGGAAUGACAUUAUCGGACUCGAUGCAGCCAAGCAGUUAGUCAAAGAAGCUGUUGUGUACCCUAUCAGGUACCCACAGCUGUUUACAGGAAUCCUUUCUCCCUGGAAAGGACUGCUGCUGUAUGGCCCUCCAGGUACAGGAAAGACUUUACUAGCCAAAGCUGUGGCCACGGAGUGCAAAACCACCUUCUUUAACAUUUCUGCAUCUACCAUUGUCAGCAAAUGGAGAGGGGAUUCCGAAAAACUUGUUCGGGUGUUAUUUGAACUUGCCCGCUAUCACGCCCCCUCCACCAUCUUCCUGGACGAGCUGGAGUCAGUGAUGAGUCAGAGAGGCACGGCUCCUGGGGGAGAGCAUGAAGGAAGCCUUCGGAUGAAGACAGAGUUACUGGUGCAAAUGGAUGGGCUGGCUCGCUCAGAAGAUCUCGUGUUUGUCUUAGCAGCCUCUAACCUGCCAUGGGAGCUGGACUGUGCCAUGUUACGUCGUCUGGAGAAAAGGAUUCUGGUUGGUCUCCCUAGCCGGGAGGCCAGGCAAGCCAUGAUCCGCCACUGGCUGCCCCCUGUGAGCAAGAGCAGAGCUCUGGAGCUGCGCACGCAGCUGGAGUACAGCGUGCUGAGCCGGGAGACUGAAGGCUACUCAGGCUCAGACAUUAAGCUCGUCUGCAGGGAAGCAGCCAUGCGGCCUAUGAGGAAGAUCUUCAGUGCACUUGAAAAUCACCAGUCAGAGAGCAGCAACUUACCUGGAAUACAGCUGGAUACAGUGACCACUGCUGACUUCUUAGAUGUGCUAGCUCACACCAAGCCUUCAGCAAAGAAUCUGACUCAGCGAUACUCAGCCUGGCAAAGUGAGUUUGAGUCUGUAUGAAAUCACAUCUACCCUGACCUGGCCACAGAGACAACCACAGAGGCCUUCCGAUUUAUUAGUGUAAGCAGGAGAAGAACAUGAUGAUUGGGAGAGAAAAGAGAAAAUUAUCCUUGAAGACUGAGUUCGUUUGAAUAACUGUACUAUUUUGGAAAUGAGAGAUAUUUUUGUUAAUUUUUCCUGAUCGAUGCCCACAAAAUACUGAAGAUGUCAAUUACAGGUGUAUAUGCUACUAGUCACAUAACGGAGACUUUUCUCACACUUAGACUCCAUACAAUUUGAUCAACAGUUUCUUACGGUGCUCCUUGUUUGUGAAUUGGUAUUUUCAUUUUGAAGAAAAAGAUGUAGUUUGGGAAGGUGUGUUGGAACGCACAGUGGCUCCGAGUUGGGGGGCCCAUUAGAAGCGAAGGGUGACAGACCAUCCGACCAGCAGAUGGGGUUGAGGGUUGGUUAAGAAUAGGCACAGGGAAGGACACACAGCGUUUCUUCUGACAACAUCCUGAGUGUCAUCAGCUCUCCCUAACUCUGACCCCAACCAGUUUUCUCAGCAGCAAAGCCCUAGCAGACUAGCUCCCCCCGCCCCCACCGCCACCCCCGGCCCCGGGGUCGCUGCUCCACAUCAGGGGAGGAGCAUGUGGAGUCUCAAGCUAGCAGCACACCACCACCAGCCUCCAGCCUGAGCUUCCAGUCUGAGUUCUGGCUCCCAGUAACAUCUCUGGACAGUUCACAUCCCAUGUGCUCUGCCCUCUUCCCAUUGCCACAGCUCCUCGGUGGAUCCAAAGCUUAGGAUGGGGAACCUGAGAUUCAGAACAGUCAUCCUGAGUCUUCCUCACUCUUAGUCUCUCCUACAUCUCCUUAUGGGGUUGUUAACAGUUGGAAGCAUCUCCCUCAGAAACUCAUGAUCUGAACCAUCUAUUUUCAACCCCUGAAAAAUGCUGCUAAGUGACGCCACCACCCCUCUUCCCAGCUAGAACUUACCUGUGGUUGUCCCCCCCUUCUUCCCUCCCUCACCUCAUUUUCUUCAUCCCAGCAAGGCACACUCCUCCUCCGAAGAAAAACUUGCAGGAAAAGGGACAUUUUGGAUAGCUAAAUAGUCCAAAGGAUUACCCUAAUUUUAAACAAAAACAAAGCAUUUUGGGGAGGGUACUAUUUUGAGCAGAAUAUCCUCAAAUGCCUUUUAAAAUGCCAUUUCAUGGGCAAUGUAGUCAAACUGGAAAUAUACCACAUAUAGUGAAUUAAAAAUAAACAAAAAGACAUUUCAUCUUAGUAUAUACUAAACUCAAGCUUCUUUAUGAUCAUGAAGGUCUUAACACUAUCCAAC